AUGGACGGCGUCAUCGGUACGGCGCCAUCCGGCACCAUGUAUGUGCGCGCCCUGUACGACUACGAGGCAGACGACCGGACCAGCCUGAGCUUUCACAGAGGGGAUGUCAUUCAGGUCAUCACCCAACUUGAGAGCGGCUGGUGGGACGGUGUCAUCAACGACGUGCGCGAUAACGACCAAAACGGUCCUGCCGGCCGAAUCGACGACGAGGGAGAUGACGACGAGGCCCUUGACGGGGGGCUCGGCCCGGAGGACGAGUCCGAGGCUGAUGGGUCCAGCGACUUGCCCCUCGAGGGCACUGCUACCGGCGACAAGUCGGGGGUUGAUUUCUGGAUCCCGCAGGCAACUCCGGAUGGACGUUUGUUCUACUACAACAUGAUGACGGGGGAUCGCCGCGCCGAACUCCCGCUUGAAUCCCCAGUCUCCUUCACCGAGACGGGUCCCCGCGAUCGCAUGAACGCCACAGUGCCCGACAAGACCCGGCCCCCUCCCGAGAUGAUGGCUCGAGGGUUGACGCAGGACGAGGACGAGGACUCGGUGACGUCGGCUUCGGAGGCCGAGGGAGAGUCCUUGCGGCUCGUUUCUCGAGCAUAUACAUCUCGGAACCGGACCUCGUUCAGCGGCGUUCUGUCUCCUUCCACCUCGAUGGACUCAAUGAACGGCGUUUCCCCGGUGCGCCCCAAAAGAAUCGACGCCCUCGCAAAUGGCAAGUCGACUGGCGGCCAGCCGCCAAAUGCGGCGUCGGCCACUUCCUUCACCAGCACCACCUAUCAUCUUCCGACCACUGCCACGGUGCCUCGGUCCUUCUUCGAUGACGGCGCAACCCCUGCCCUCACAUGGAGCUUAUUAGUUUCCAACAUGAAGCGUGCAAUCGAUCGGUAUCGCGAAGCCAUUGCAAACAACAGCCGCUCAGAAUAUGUUGCAAGGGCCGAGGACAUUUCCGAUCAUCUACGACUGCUGCUGGCCGCGGGGUCGGGCACGACGGACAACCACUCGGGUCAACCGUCCAUCAUAUCGACCAACAAAGCCCUAUAUCCCCAUUUCCGAGACAUGAUGUCCAAGUUCUCGAAGCUAGUAAUCUCUUCUCAUAUUGCCGCUGCCGAUUGGCCCAACGCCGAAUCCGUCCAGAAGUGCCUGCAGGAAGCAGACGGCGUCCUGCUCGGUGUCUUCAGCUAUGUAGAGGUCGCCAGGCAGCAGCGGGGAGAGGAAAUUCCGCGUCUAUUCCCCGGCUUUGUGCUCGGCAGCAACGCUGGCGGAUGCUGGCAGAGCAAUGGCCUAGGGCCCCGGGACCCCAUCGCCUCCAAUUUCCUGGAGGACGAGGACGGUGCGAUCGAGUCCACGGCCGUUUUGGACGCAAAGCUCCUCGAGAGGCUGGACGAGCAUAAACGGAUACUGGUUUCCAGCAUUCGGGAACUCGGCAAAAGCCUCGUCGCACCGGAAACGAUUGUCACGCCAUAUCGUCAUGAGGUCAUUGGCAACAACGUUUGCUUUGCCGGCGGCAAAGUCGUCGACUCAUUCAAGCCCUGGAUUGCAAUGAUUGAGUCCAUCGACCUGGGCUUCCUUGGGGACAACUUCCACACGCCGCAAGUCGCCGACUUCAGUACCAACAAGCAGAGCCUCUACGACAACAUUUCGGAUCUUCUGCUUGGCUGCCAAGCCGUCACAGGCCCUUUGGCGGACGAAUGGAGCGAGAUUCGGGGUGAAGCACUAGAAAACCGCCUGGAGUACGUGCGGCAGUGCGCGAGAGCCCUGGAGACCAACUCGUCGCACAUUGGAUUUGCCCUACAGCUGCUCUCGGAGCAGGUGCAGAUCAAGCUCCAACAGCAGCAGCAGCAGCAACACCAGCCGUUGGGCGAGUCUCGGUCCCGGGAGGAUCACAUGUCACGUGGCAAAUUGCAACGAGGCGAGACUAUGGCAUAUGAGCGGCCGCAUAUACGCACCGAGUCGAGAGCAGCAGCAUUGCGGCCGUCAAUCAUCACGGCGCACUCGUUCAGCGAAGGUGAGCCGCCGGCUAGCAGUUUGAGAAAGGGCGAUUAUGCCAAGGUGAAGAAGAUAUUCGGCGAGGAUCCGUCGCCGCAAGCGAUCAUGCAGGGCAACGACGAUACUCCAGACUACUUGAGGCUCGACCACGAAAACGACGUCUCGUGGGACACCAAGUUUACGCCGCCAACCGUCAAAGGCGGGACUUUGCUCGCGCUCGUGGAGCAGCUCACCCGGCAUGAUAAGCUCGACUCCAACUUCAACAAUACCUUUCUCUUGACUUAUAGGUCCUUGACGUCUGCUCGCGAACUCUUUGAGCUCCUGGUGAAACGAUUCGGAAUACAACCCCCCGAGGGCCUGACCCAAUCGGAAUACGAGGCGUGGAGAGAUCGCAAGCAGAAACUGAUCCGCUUCCGUGUCGUCAACAUUCUCAAGAGUUGGUUCGACAUCUUCUGGAUGGAGGACCAAAACGAAGAGUCGAGACAGCUGAUCCGCGACGUAUACGCGUUCGCGAGAGAAGCCGUCAAGUCGAGCGAAACACCAGGCUCCGGCCCGCUGAUGGCUGUUCUCGAUCAAAGAAUGAACGGCAAGGAGGCGGGGGGUCGGCGAAUGAUCCAAACUCUGAACCAGAGUACCCCGACGCCUAUUGUGCCCAAGAACAUGAAGAAGCUCAAGUUCCUCGACAUUGACGUGACUGAGUUUGCGCGCCAGCUGACCAUCAUCGAGUCCCGGCUGUAUGGCAAAAUCAAGGCCGCCGAGUGCCUGAAUAAGACGUGGCAGAAGAAGGUUGGCGAAGGCGAUCCGGACCCUGCGCCAAACGUCAAGGCCCUCAUCCUCCACUCGAAUCAGAUGACCAACUGGGUUGCUGAGAUGAUUCUUGCUCAGAUGGACGUCAAGAAGCGGGUGGUGGUGAUUAAGCACUUUGUUGCUGUUGCCGAUAAAUGCCGAGGUCUCAACAACUUUUCAACCUUGACGUCGAUUAUAUCCGCCCUUGGCACGGCUCCGAUCGCUCGUCUGAAAAGAACUUGGGAUCAAGUUCCGCAACGCUCGCAGGCAGUCUUGGAGGCAAUGCGUCGUUUGAUGGCCAGCACCAAAAACUUUGGCGAAUAUCGCGAGGCUUUGCACGCCGCAAACCCACCUUGCAUCCCAUUUUUCGGUGUAUACUUGACCGACCUCACGUUUAUCGAGGAUGGCAUCCCGUCAAUCAUCAAGAAGACCAAUCUAGUCAACUUUGCCAAGCGGGCCAAGACAGCGGAGCCGGUUGCCGAGCUGCAGGACUAUAUACUCAGCAACAUGCAGGCCGCGGGAGAUGUGCACGAGAUGUACGACAAGAGUUUGCAGAUAGAGCCACGCGAGCGUGAGGACGAGAAAAUUGUGAGGGUCUUGGCAGAAUCGGGCUUCCUUUGA